UUUUCGCAUCGGGUGGAGGAGGGCGAAGUUGGGGUCAAUUCGGAGCCGUAAGGAUCUGCAAAUUUUGGAGCAUAACUGAUGGCUCUACGGGUUGUUCGGUUGUUCACCCCUUCGGGUGCAGCCGUCUUCAAAGUGGGGUCCACGGUUCAGAUGGCCAGGAUUCACACCGGUGCCCCCAGGAACCUGGAAUAUGGCUGGUUGGCGUAUGUUUUGGGCGAGAGAACCAAACCAAAGUUCAAAGAGUACAGCAAGAUCAUCACUAUUGAAGGAAAUUUAGCCUCGGGGAAGGGGGCUCUGGCACAAAAGCUGGCAGACAGGCUGGGCAUGUUGUACAUGCCUGAAGCGGACAUUUACUACCUGGACAAAGUGACAGGAGAGAAGGAGCCUAUGGACACGCGGUUCAAUGGGAACUGCAGCCUGGAGAAGUUCUACAAGGACCCCAAGGCGCCCGAUGGGAACUCGUACCGCCUGCAGUCUUGGAUGUACCAUGUCCGGCUCCUGCAGUAUGCGGAUGCCCUUGAGCACCUGCUCAGCACAGGUCAAGGAGUAAUCCUGGAGAGAUCUCCCUAUAGCGACUUCGUCUUCCUGGAGGCCAUGCUCAAACAGGGCUACAUCAGGAAGCAGUGUGUGGAGCACUACAAUGAAAUCAAAGGCAUCAGCAUCUGCGAGUUCCUGCCCCCGCAUCUCGUCAUCUAUGUGGACGUCCCCGCUGAAGAAGUGCAGAAAAAACUGAAGCAGUCAGGCCAGGCUCCUCUUCAGAACGUCCCUUUGGCCUAUCUGAAGAGCAUUGAGGACUCCUACAAGAAGAACUUCCUGCCCCAGAUCAGUAAGGAAGCCGAGUUGCUGGCCUACGAUUCGGUGCAGGUGCAGGAUAUUGAGAAGAUGGUGGAAGACAUUGAGUACCUGAAGUUUGAAAAAGGACCUUGGGUGGAACAAGAUGAUGUCUCCCUCCACUACCUGCGAAUGCUGGCUCAAGACAAGCAGAGAGUCAUCAGCCUCACUUGCAUCUCCAGGUUCCUGCCUGAAGUCACUAUUGGGGCUCAUGAAUACGACAAGGCCUACUAUGACUACAGAUCGCUCCCGGGAAAGAUGUUCGCUCCAGGUUACAACAGGGACGUCGGUGACAAGUACGUCUGGCUGAAGUGAACGGAGAGAACUAGUUCUGGAGCCUCAGAGCAGGAAAAAAAACAAAAAAAACAAAACGUACUUACAAAAACCCCCAGUCUCAGAGUAUCAGCUCUUCACCUGUUUUUCUGCUCUGUGGGAAGAAUGCAAACUGGUUUGCAUCCUUGAUUGGAUACAACCAGCACGUCCUCCUCUCAGGACCAGUUGUAUGUAUUAAAGGAUAAGUUAUGUCAUAAAAAGAAAGUGUAUUCAUUAAACAAAAAGCAAAACUUUUCAAAAA